AUGGAGGGGGGAAGUUCAAAGACAAAGAGAGCAGCUUUUAAUGAUCGUGGUGGUUUCCUUGAUACUGUGCUUUCUUGGUCCCUUGAAGACAUUUACGAUGAAAAUCUAUACAAGAACCAGGUAGAAAAUAUUCCACUGGAGUUUGAAUCUGUUCAUCAGUAUUUUGGGUCAUACGUUUACCCCUUACUGGAAGAAACUCGUGCAGAACUGCAUUCCAGUAUGGAGAUUAUAUCAAACGCUCCUUUUGCUGAAGUAAUCGCAUUUGAUGAAUCUAAGUCAUAUGGGAAGAAUUUGUAUGAUGUUAAGGUUGAUUCCUGGAGAAACAGAUUCAGUGUUCUUGGCAAGGAGCCCUACAAAACGUUGCCUGGAGAUAUAUUAGUUUUAGCAAAUGCUAAACCCGAGGAUGUUUCUGAUUUACAAAGAACAGAAUGCCAAUGGGCUUUUGUAACGGUCACUAAAAUCCCAGAGGAUGAAGAAAACGAGAAUACUAGUUUUACAGUCAAGGAGUUGGAAGACAUUGGGAUCCAGAAAUCAUUGUUUCUGAUUUUCUUGAUAAAUACAACCCCUAACAAGAGAAUAUGGAAUUCCUUGCACAUGUCUGGGAAUCUGGAGAUUAUCAAAAACGUUUUGAACACUAAUUCUUUCAUUGAGGAAGAUGGUGGCCUCUGUUGUGCUCAGAGAGGUGGUAAUUGGGAUGAGAAAUUUGGGACUAGUGUUACUUCUGAACUGAAUGAACCCCAAACCAAGGCAAUUCUGGCAUGUCUCCAUAAGAUACAUUGCAACCACAAGGUCCACAAGUCAGCUGUGGAACUUAUAUGGGGUCCUCCGGGUACAGGGAAAACAAAAACCCUCAGUACAUUGCUCUUUACUCUUUUAAGAAAGGGAUGUAGGACUCUUACUUGUGCCCCAUCAAAUGCUGCAAUCAGAGAAAUGGCUUCUCGGACCCUAAAGCUGGUGAAAGAAUCCUUUGAAAGAGACAUUGGGAUUGAUGCUUUGUUUUUCUCAAUGGGAGAUAUUCUCUUAUUUGGGAAUAAGGAGCGGCUCCAACUUGGUUCAGACAUUGAAGAGAUACAUUUGGAUCAUCGGGUCAAAAGGCUUACUGAGUGCUUAGGACCUCUGACUGGUUGGAGGCAUUGUUUUGCUUCAAUGAUUGAUCUUCUUGAAGAUUGUGUUUCUCAGUAUAAUAUCUUCUUGGAGAAUGAAUCACUCAAAGAGAAAGAACACAACAAUGAAAAUGAAAUCAACUCAUUUCUUGAUUUUCUGAGGAAAAGAUUUGUUUCUGCUUCAUCAUCACUCAAAAAUUGUAUUAUCGUCUUUUGUACACAUUUACCAAAAAAAUACCUUCUAGAACAAAAUUUCCAAAACAUGGUCUCUCUUAUUGGCCUGCUUGAGUCUUUUGAAACCUUGCUGAUUCAAGAUAAUGUGGAAUCUGAAGUACUGAAUGAGCUUUUUUCUAGUUCAAAAUUACCUGCAGAUAUAUCUCUGUCAUCUAUGGAUAUGCCAUUCCUGUUGUAUAAAAAGAGAAGCGAAUGCCUAUCUGUUUUAAGGACUUUUAAUGGUUCGUUUAAUUUGCUUGACCGUCUAAGCGAUAUGAGCAAACAGUCAAUAGAGGAAUAUUGUCUUCAAAAAGCUUCCUUACUUUUUUGCACUGCUUCAAGUUCUUAUAAGCUGCACUCAGUGCCAAUGAAACAACCCCUGAGCAUUAUGGUUAUUGAUGAAGCUGCACAAUUAAAGGAGUGCGAGUCAACCAUACCAUUGCAACUUCCGGGUUUAAGGCAUGCUAUUCUUUUUGGCGAUGAGUGCCAAUUACCAGCAAUGGUUGAAAGCAAUAUUUCUCGUGAAGCUGGCUUUGGGAGAAGUUUAUUUGAGAGAUUGAGCUCAUUGGGUCACUCAAAACAUCUUCUCAAUAUACAAUACCGAAUGCAUCCAUCCAUAAGUUUCUUCCCAAGUUUGAAAUUUUAUCACAAUCAGAUCUUAGAUUCUCCAAAUGUUAAAAGAAAAAACCACGAAAAUCACUAUCUUUCCUGGCCAAUGUUUGGUCCCUAUUCUUUUAUAAAUAUAGUAGGUGGAAGAGAAGAGAAGGAUGAUGUUGGGCGUAGUAGAAGGAACAUGGUUGAGGUUGCUGUUGUUAUGAAAAUACUGCUGAAAUUAUACAAAGCUUGGGGUGGUUCGGAACAGAAACUCAGCGUUGGUGUUAUAUCUCCUUACGCUGCCCAAGUAGUUGCAAUUCAAGAGAGACUUGGACCGAAGUAUGAUAACCUUGAUGGGUUUGCAGUGAAGGUUAAAUCAGUUGAUGGGUUCCAGGGUGGGGAAGAGGACAUAAUAAUAAUAUCAACGGUAAGAUGUAAUAGUUAUCGAUCAAUUGGGUUCGUAUCAAAUCCGCAGAGAACUAAUGUUGCUCUUACAAGGGCUAGGUAA